GGGCGUGGCACGGCAGCUUCUCGGAUUGAUGUUUGAACGCACCCGCGUAGCUUUCCCGCGUUUAUUUCGAGUGACGUAUUUCCUGUCCAUGUGAUGUUGUCCGGUUGAGCUGUAAAACCGUUGUUAAAGUUUAAUUUUCUCGCGUUUCUCGGUGUGAUGCACGGCGUGAAUCUCAGCGCGGUGCUUUAGGAGAGGAGAACACUGAGCUGCUGGGGUUGUGGUUUUUGGGCUCUCAUCCUUGCACAUUUCCCUGCUUGCUGAUCAUCAAACCGGAGCUGCAGUCAUGAGCAAAGCAAAGAUAAACCGGGACAGACGGAACAACCAGCCUGGAUUCAGUAGAGUGACCCGCAGCUCCAUCAGCUUUCAGGAAUCCGCUUCAUCAUCUUCGCAGCAAACCAAACCCUCAGACUCCGUUCUACUUGAUGACCUGAGCCUCAUGAGAGUAAGCGAGCUGCAGGCCUCAUUAGCACGGAAAGGGAAGCUAUCAAAAGCAGGCACUGAUGUCAGUAAAAGCACGUCAGGUCGCUCCGUCCCACUGGGAGCUCUUGAGACUGUGGGCCGUCUAAUAAAGCUCGGUCGUGUGCGUAACGUGGUAGUGGUGGCUGGUGCUGGAAUCAGCACAGCCAGUGGCAUACCAGAUUUUAGAACACCUGGCACGGGCUUGUACGCCAACCUGAAAAAGUACAACCUUCCCUAUCCUGAAGCCAUCUUUAAUAUCGAUUACUUCUCCGAUGACCCUCGUCCUUUCUUCUCGCUGGCCAAAGAGCUGUACCCUGGCAGACAUCGACCCAAUUACAUCCAUUACUUUAUCCGCAUGCUGCACCAGAAAGGUCUGCUGCUCCGAAUGUACACGCAGAACAUCGACGGCUUGGAGAAAAUGUGUGGUAUUCCCGAUGACAAACUGGUAGAAGCUCAUGGAAACUUUGCAACAGCCUCCUGUCACUUGUGCUACCUCCUUUUCCUGCUGAUGAAGUUUUUUUUCCUUCCUCUAUCUCAGAAAGCCAUUAUGAGCGACAGCGUCCCCACAUGCUCGUUUUGUUCCGCCACAGUCAAGCCGAACGUCGUGUUUUUUGGCGAGGAUCUGCCUGAAACGUAUUUCCAACAUGAAACGGACUUCCCCAAAGCCGAUCUGCUCAUUAUCAUGGGCACUUCUUUAAAGAUUGAGCCCUUUGCCAGCCUGGUGAACACGGUAAAGCCCAGAGUUCCACGUCUGCUGCUUAAUCGACACGCAGUGGGACCGUUUGAGCAGAAACCCCUGAGGAGAGGAGACUAUGUGGAGCUGGGAGACCUGUUGGACUUGGUCCAAAGGCUCUCUGAGAUUGUGGGCUGGCACACAGAGAUUCAACACCUGAUGAAAAGCAAUGAGAACGGGGUUUUACCGAGCAUCCCCAUGGUGAUCUCCGGUUCUCACUUGGAGAGCGAACAGCAACACCGGGUCUGCUCCUGCAGCAACAGCGAAGAGAGCGACUCGUCAGAGACGGACAGCAAGAGCACUUGAGCUCUCGACAAACUCCAGUCACCUGCUGUUCCAGACGUCUACGCUUACUAUUCUCCUACCGGCCACGUUAUCCUGCUUUUUAUUGAAGGUGAUGUGUGGGUGUCUUUCUUGACAUGUCAAAGGCACUACGCUACCGCUGUAAAAAUUUCCUGGGAUAUUAAAAAAAUACUAAUUAAUAUAAAUAAUAGAAAAUAUUUAAUUAUCUACACAUUCACAACUUCUCUGUCCUAUGUAUGUUUUACAGUUUUAAACUUGAUGCAAGACAGAAAGUAGGAGAUUGUUGGACAUAACCAGCGGCAUAGGCAUGUCCCUGUAUGCGUGUUGGGUCAAAGUGUACUCUGUAGAACUUGGAGCAGGUCCAGCUCUGAGAGGACAGUGCUAAAUUAGCAUGGGAGGCGUGACCUCCUGAGUGUGUAGUGCCCCGCUGUGUGUGUUUUCACAGGCACUGCAGUCUCCAGGUCGGGGCCUCCCUCCAAAACUCUAAUAAAUGUCUCUGCUUGGCAACAAAGAACCAAUAUCCUGCUGCUGUGUGUGUGUGUGUGUUUGUGUGAGAAUGUGUAUUUGCUUCUUUGUGUCAGUGUGAGUAAAUGGUGGCCAGAGGGGUUGUGAGUGAGAGGACGGUCAUUUUGUUUGCCGGUGUGUAAUUACGAGAAAGCGAUCAUUACAUUUUGCACAGACGACGAAAUAAUGCUGUUGUUCUGAUCGUAUCCACUCACAUCUGCUUCUAGGUGCUUUUAUAAGUCAGUCAGUCAGAUUUGUUCAGUUUUAGAUUUACGUAUGGAAUUUUGGUUUUAAAAGUACUUUAGUGUCAUCCCUUAUUGGUUGUGUAAACUCUAGAUCUGAACUUUUUUUGGGUGCAACCUGGAAUUCCCAAAUGCUGCUUUUUUUUUUUUAAAUGACAUGCAUUGUAUCUGUUUAUUGUUUUCUGUAUUAAAAUUUUGCCUGCCUCUUCA